GGUUUCCCAUCCGCCUCUUCCCUUAUUCACGAUAAAGAUGAGUGGAAACAACUCUCCAGACUAUAAGGCGCUUUUUCUCAAAGCAGAGGAGGAACGGAAGCAGGAAGCCGCGCUGAGACGGCCGGCAGAGGAGCAGGCAAGGCAAGAAAGAGAGCGCAACCGACCCACGACUUUCUCAGAGUUCAUCCGACAUUGCCAUGAUCUCCUUUGGAGGCCACUCCGAGCGCAAACACUAUCUCGCUCCACGACCGGCAAAAUUCCUGCCCCUAUCGGAAAACACUGUCCCAUACGACUGCUUCCAUGGACUGACUGUGAGGAUAAACAGCGGGAGAUUUACGCAUCUGUCUGCCGCUACUUGCAACCGACCGAAGAGGAUGCACGGCAGUUAUUUACGUCACUGGUGGCGUUGGAAGACCACGGCCGACGAUUUGCACGCCGACCGAUUAGCAGCGAACAGGACCUCGAGACCUACGAACGACUCGCCGUUGAAGACCACGCUCGCGAGGAGUUCUGGUUAGGCAAUGGGUUAUGGUUCGAUAACCACCCCAAUGCUCUGGACGAAGAUGAAGAAGUCGAUGCUAGCCAACCAUCGACCACGAGGCCUUCGAGGCCGGUUCAAUUUUGCGUCUAUCAUGCGGACGGUAACCGACGUACCUUGCUCACCACGGUCGAGUACAAACCCACCCACAAACUCUCCGCUGCGAACCUACGGUUGGGACUCCGACCGAUGGAUUUUUGGCGGGAAGUGGUCCAACCUGAUCGGAUCGUGGUAGUGGAAUUACCACAGGAGCUGGACCUGGACGAUGCUACCUCUGCUAGUCCUGAGCCGUCAACCUCUGAGUACCUCACAUCCUCGUCUCCUAUCCCUAGCCGCCCUCGAGUGACCACCCGAGCGGCCGCUAGCUGCGCGCCACUGCCCGGUCCGUAUCACCACGAGCCUUCUUGGGAUUCCGAGGCCGACCCGACCGCAUCUGCAGGACGGAAGCGAGGGUUCAGCCAGCGAGGCGGCGCGGUCGACCCUAAAUGCCCCAACAAAAAGCUACAUACGCUCGGCAGAAGGGGGGACCGCCAUCCUAUCAGCGCAGCGGACUUGGUGAAGAAACUCAAGGCGCAGCUCGAUCACGAUCUGGACCAUAACUGCACCCCCAUCGGCCCUUGUGGAUCCUCCGGCGCGCCAUUUAAGAUUACGUGUGCCACCUUCGGAUAUACUGUUGCCGGGAAGGGAACAACAGCAAAACUCUGGGGGGUGGUCUCGCGCGAAGCAGACGUCUACCGGAUCCUUCAGCGUGCUCAAGGAUCGGCCGUUCCCAUCUUUCUCGGGGCGAUCAACUUGGCCCUAACCUACUUUCUCCACGGCGCGGGACGGAUCCGCCAUCUGCUUCUGAUGGGCUGGGGCGGCGAGAGCGUGGCCCAUACCACUCCGGAUGAAAAUAUCCAGCGUGCGAUCUCUCGGUCAGUGAAGGAGAUCCGUCGUUUCGGAGUUGUCCACCAUGAUCUUCGCCCGGAAAACAUCUUGUGGAAUGCUGAGCUCCAGCGAGCUCUGAUCAUUGAUUUUCAUCUGUGCACCUUGGAUUGUCGACCGCUGGACAGACGGCCAGGCGCACUCAAACGAUUACGGUAUGGUCCUGACGAACGUCACUCCAAGCGGGUGCGUGUGGUGUGAGUAACAGACACUGGAGCUGGGAGAACGACGUGAAAACUCAACCGGCGCUACGCAUAGCCUACACAUGAACAGCGGCGACCGCUGGGCGGUUGCUGAAAGUAUAAUUUUCUAUUCGUGCCAGUACCUCAAGGACUCAUUCAUUAACGAACAAGAGAUCUUAAUCAUGAAGGCUGCGCGGUA